AUCAUCUUUUCCUCACAAACUCCAUUAAUGGUUAAACAGUGACCAAUUCUCAACGACUUUCCGCAGUGAAACCAUUGUGUCGCCAUUGUAGCACCACCACCUUUUCUUACAAAAGGGCUUCAAUUCGUUUCACUUUCAGAUCUCUCUCUCUCUCUCGUUCUGCUAAAGCUACGAGGGGUUUGGAGAAAUGGCGGCGAACGUGAUUCCGGCGAGGUUCAAGCGGGUGGCGGACGCCUUCGACGAGGCGGCGGUGACGCUGCGGGCCCGGCCGCCGUGCGGCAGCAGCGGGAGCGAGCACUCCGCCGCGGCGGCGGCGGAGGAGAGCUUCACGGAUUUGUCCGGUCUGGUGAAUUCCUUCAUGGAGAAGAGUUUGUGGGAGGGAAUUGAGGUGGGCGGCGGCGGCGAUGACGUGGACCGGGACGAGGUUGAACCGGAAGACGACGACGGGUACGACGUCGACGAAACUAAGGAUGAUUUGGAGAGGCUGUUGAGCUACGGCGACGUUGACGUCACCAAGAGAAACGUCUAUGAAAAAGUGGAAAAAGCCAUCCGGGAUUCCGGCGACCGCUCUUCGCCGGAGUUUAAACGCCGGUUGAUGGCUCGAUUGCGUUAUAACGGCUUCGACGCCGGUGUUUGCAAGACAAGGUGGGAGAAAAACAGCCGUUGCCCUAGGGGGGAUUACGAGUACAUAGAUGUUAACGUCAAUGGCGGUCGUUACAUCGUGGAGGUUUUUCUCCGGGGAGAAUUCGAGAUAGUGCGGCCAACUGCGAGUUACAGUUGCCUGCUAGAGAGCUUUCCGGCGGUUUUCGUGGGAACGGAGAAGGAGUUGAAGAAGAUAGCGAGGAUAAUGAGCAUUGCCAUGAGGAAAUCCAUGAAGAAAAUGGGGAUUCAUGUUCCGCCAUGGCGGAGACUCGCGUACAUUCAAGCUAAGUGGUUCAGUUCCUACAAACGUACAACUAAUGAAAUCGCUUCGGCGGCGGCGACUUCUAGGUUGCAUAAACAUAGGAGAUCGGUUGGAUUCGCACCUACCCCGGAAAUGUCGUUCAAGUGCAGAGAAGAUUUUGGGAUGAAGAUUGGUUUCAGAAUUGGGAAUUUGGCUGCAGCCUUGAGUGGGAACUAGUUAGAUAGAUAGAAAUUGUUUGCAUUAUUGUUGCAUUUUGAUUGAAUUGUGUAUAUAUAAAUACAUUGAUUUUGUCCAUGUAAAGUGAUUCUCUCUUUCUUUGAUUGUAAAGAAGAAAAAACAUUAUAUUGCUCAUUA